AUGGCUGACGCUGCAUAUGCUCUUCUAACAAAAAACAGUCAAACAAGGACUGGAGAGUUUCUUUAUGAUGAGGAUGUUCUUAAACAAGAAGGAAUUACAGACUACGAUCAAUAUUUGGUUUCGCCAGGUAAAUGCUCAUUUAGUUUAAAAAAGGACAAUCUGACAUGACAUUCUAAAGCUAUUUAUGAUUAUUGUAAUUGGCUGUAUUAAACUGAGUGAAAAUUAAUCUUUCCUAGAUUCCUUGCUAUUAUUUCAUGGUCUGUCAGCUCAAAUUAGCUGUUAAUCAACUUAAUUUUAUCUCUAAAUUUACUAAAAACGCGCAACUUGUUUUGCCACGUUGUUGCAAAACGAGUUGCAUAGUGAUGUUGCACGUUUUAUAGCCUGCAUAACAGGCGCUUUAUGAUCGAACCAAGCAAGGCGCUUCGCGCAAAAUGCCGCGUUCGCCUCGUUAGGCUCACAAAGCGCCUGUUAUGCAAGAUACGCGUUUUACAGCCCUCGUUCUAGCCUUUCUUGCAACAAAUCAGGUUGUUGAUGAUGCGUGAAUACUGACUUCUGACUGAACAAAAUUGCGCGGGAUUCACUCCACAGAGGGACUGCAAAACAAGAUUGCCUCACUGAGAGCUGGUGCCGGUAAAACGCGCAACGUGUACAGAUUUUGUUGCAAUGAGUGAAACUACGCUCUAAUUUCUGCAACAGCUUUUCGCAACUUGCGGCAAUCUGAUUUGUCGCAAGACAGGUUUGACUCUCGGGUGGUAAAACGUGCAACAUCGCUUUUCUUCUCGUACAGCAGCAAUGUUGCAAAACGUUUUUGUUUUCCGUUUUGAUUUGAUCAAAAAGUUAAACGCUAAAGAUUUUUAAAAUACAUUUAAAAAACAUUUUAAAAAGUGAACGACGUUUCGGCGCUACGUUACGCCAUUAUCAAGUUGAAAAGUGACAAAGUAUAAGGUGUAAAACGAAUAUAUAAAAUUUGAAACAAUACAUAAACGUUUUACCCUAUCUUAAGUUCUGAGAGAACCUGAAAAAGGCUCGGGAUUUAAAUAGAUAAUUCAAUUCUUACCCUUUCGUCUAGAAGCUGAACCUCUCAGUGUCACUGACUCAAAAUUGAUGGCUUUUUUUCCUGGCUUGUGUCCACAUUCUAGUGUAUCAUGCUUAACUCUUUCGUUCGGUUUCCUGUUACCUUUUCAGAGGCAUUGAAGACCGAAAACGCCUCGCCAAAUAUCCACAUUGUAAGUGUGUCAGAAGUCUUUGAGAAGGUUCACAGUCUUUGUAACGAGGAACUUGUUCAGAGUAUAAACGGCAUCUUUGAAUUCCAUUUGAGUGGAAAAGAGCCUGGAGUGUGGUAUCUGGACCUCAAGAAUAAUUCAGGUAUAUGAAAGUUUUGUAGUCUCGUGGUGUUUCAGGAACCUUUUUUAAUGAGCAACGACGACGGGGACUGCAACGAGAACAGUAAAAAAGCGACGCGUAGAUUGGCAAAACAACAACUUUGCACGUGGAUCCACGUGCAUCACGCUUUUUGGUAGAUUUCCUUGCCGUCGUUGCACGACUACAACGUGAAAUAACGCGAGUGCUGAGAAAUGCGAAACUAUAUAAAUCCAUAAUUCUUUCUGAACUGUACUUCCUUGAAAGGAAAUUCCUUUCCUCUUUUUCUGAACUUAGUUCCCUGCUAGCAGAGGUCUCUCUCUCCUUUCUCUCAUUUUUGCCUCGUCGUGAGAGACCUCUGCUAGCAGGGAAUGAACUGAGAUACAGUUGAUACAGUACUUAUGCUUUAACGCGAGAAACAUUCGCCAACAUGCAUUUGACAAACAGGACGAGAUGGAAUGAAAGCUAUAAAGUUUUAAACAGCGCCAAACAUUGACUGCGCACGUGGAUAAGAAUUAUUGUUACCUUUUUGCCACCCUCUGUACAGUUAUCCGAAUGCGAAAUCGAUGCCCGUGAGAACUUCAACAGACCACUUUUUUUUCCUUUCCCUUUCCAAACUUGCGUGCGUCCCGUUAGAAUUUGAACAACGCCUAAGCUCCACUACUUUAUUUCUGACAUGGGCCGCGGUUUGAAAUAGCCGGGUGUAUUUUUGAAAAGUUGAGAAAAUACUGUAUUUGGGUUUAAUUCUUAGUGCAAAUGUAGAACUCUUGUUAAGAAACUUAGAAAUGAAAAAUUUCCAGAAACGUGAAUUAUUUGUAAUUUCCUUUAUUUUUCUAAUAUUGCAGGUAACGUUGGUAGGGGUUCUUUUCACGGAGAUCCCGGCUGUACCAUGAUUUUAGACUCAGAGGAUUUUGUGAAAAUGUUCCAAGGACAACUGAAUCCAGUACAGGCGUUUAUGGGCGGAAAAAUGGAAGUUAAAGGAGAUAAAAUGCUGGCCGCGAAACUUGAGAAACUUAUGGGCACAAUGAAGUCAAAACUAUAGCGAAUAUCCGUUAAGAGGGGACAACCGUGUUACUCACUCCUUGUGGAGGCUAAAAGUAACAUUCAAGAGAAAUGUCAAUGAUUGUUUUGUUAGCUCCAUGUGGAAGUAGUGUAAAAAGGAUUCAUUUGAAUAGUCACACCAUAGGAUUUUGUUUACAGACCUCCAAAGUUAGGACUACAUAGUUUACAAAACAAAAGGGCCAUGUGAAAGUACCGCGGAAGAGGUUUCAUUCAAUAGGAUUUACAUACAAAGCAAAUAGUAUUAUGUGAAAGUACUGCUGAAAAGAAUUCAUUUGAAUGGUCACCGUCAUAGGAUUUUGCCCUCAGACUCAAAAGUUAGGACUACAUACAAAACAAAUAGUUUCAUGCGAGUGAAAGGACGUUUCAUAGUGAAGCCCUCGAAGCUACGAUGUAACAAGUAUUAUUUAAAUCUAAUUUAUCCUAAGACCAAAUAUCUUCAUCAAACAUUAAAAAAAAUACAGUACUGCUGAAGAGCUGCUCAAAAUUGUAGUGUUACCACAUGAGUUGUUGAGUUGAAUAGGCCAACAUAGAGAAAUAGAGGAGAGCUCAUCCUUCUUCAAAAGACGCUGCCUUAUAAAGGGUAGCUGCGGAUAAGUUUAGCCUACAUAACAGGCGAUACCUACACAGUCUUAAAAAAGUUUUUUUUUCCCUCCUAAACGAUGACCACCAGUACCAAUGCCAAAAUCUGGUGAGACUGAAUUGUCAGGGGUGUUAACAGAGAGCCUGUUCACUGGUUACAUGGGCGUGAAUUCGUAGAAAACGUUUUCUUUUCGAGUUAGUUUUAUAGAGAGAAAGUCAGAGGAGAAAGUUGCUACUUUGGACACUGUACAGAAAUGAACUUAAUGUCUUUUAGCUUAAUGAUUAUUUAUAAGCUACUUUGUUCUCCUACUUGCGUACACUUGUGUAAAUACCUUAUAUAGUGUAAAAUACCGUAAUCAAAGAUUGAUUGAAUAAAUGAGAACGGGACAACAAUAGUCCCAUUGUUUUCUAACCUAAAAACAAAAGUCCUCAGUGUGCAUAGUUACACUGCCCCCGAACCUUCUCCGCAAAGCCUUCAGGGACUUUCGGCGGCCGGUCAUUAGAAUUGACCGUCUGUGGAGACUAAUUUCCCGGCUGCUUUCUAGAACUCAACCAACCUAUGUUGCUAUCCCAGGAGCUAAAUCCACAUGCCUUUCUUCUUGAUAAAGAGGGACCCCUUUCCAUUAUCCCGAUCCAAAUUUUCGCUUAAUCCCGUAAAUUCCGAAUUCCGCCUCCAUAUUGUUUUGAAAUGCCGAAUCCCAGCCACCAAAUAAGGCAAAGACCACCGUCACGACACCGUCACCGUCAGGUCAAUCAAGGUCGCCAAACGCUGGCCAAUAUAUCCGAGGGCUCAAAUCUCUCAUCCGGCGCUUGAUGAAAAAUGUUGAAAACAGGGUAAGAUCUCUAGAAAAAAAUUUCAAAUAUUAGUAUCUUAAACAUUAUUUCACUGUAGCUUCAUACCCCUUAUAAAAUUAAUUUCAGGAAACUAGCUGGUAAAACGAUCUUUAUAACCGGCGCAAGCCGUGGAAUUGGGAAGGCAAUCGCCUUGAAAGCAGCACAAGAUGGAGCGAAUAUAGUUAUCGCUGCUAAAACAACAGAGCCACAUCCAAAACUACCAGGAACUAUUUAUACUGCAGCAAAAGAAGGUAAGUUUAUCUGUGCUAGUAGCAAUUUUUUUGUUAUUCCUUUCUAGGAAGUUGCCGUGAGAUUUUGUAUUUUAUGGGACAUUUUAUUAUGACUCCUGUUGAGCUGUAAGUUGUGUGUGUACUUUACCCUCUCCUCCAGUCCCCUGGGGAGCGAAGAUUACAGGGCUGUCAACUCUUCCAGAUAAUCCGGGAGACUCCAGAUUUUGAACCAUUUCUCCCGGUCUCCUGAUUAGAGUCUGAAAUCUCCUGGAUAAUCGCCAAAGUUUGCCAUUUCUCGUAGAUUCGACUUUUCGACAAUGAAAUUUCAAAUGUUUUGCCCUAUUUGAGCUAUUUUACUGUUAACAUCGAACGUUUCCUCACAAACUCCGGUAUGCCAUUGUAAUGUUAGCAAUAAUGUGAUUGGUGGAAAGUAAACCAAUCAGGUCAAAUGUUACAAUUCCAACAACAUCUUUUCCACGUGUUUUUUUUUUUUUUUUUCACAAAUGAUGUCAUGUGCUGUCCAUUAUGACAUCAUCUAUCAUCCCUGACCCUUCCCCAUCAAUUCUCAAUAUCUGAAGACGUGGAGAGUUGACAGCCCUGAGAUUACCCAGCUCAGCUGCAGUCAUACUAGCCUGCAUUGCAGAUGUAAUUUAACCCCAGCUAGUAACCUCUGUGAAGCAGCGUCGAAAUCCUUGUCAAACAACGCUCCCCCACAUUGCGUGACAUCAAAAAACGGCUGCGAGGGAGAUUAAGGAGAACUGGGCUUAAAAGGGAAAAGGAGUAUAAAAAGUGAAUGGAUAAGGAUGCCUGCUUUCCCAAAGUGAGGCCAUAAGGAGCGUCUGCCUGAAGGGCUCCUUCUCCCCUUGCAUGUCUCUCUCACAGGCCCCAUUCUUUUCUGUGCCAGUUACUUCCAAGCGCCUGCUACAUAGGCCUAAGUUCAUAACAGAAGAAUGUUGAGGAUCAACUCUAGGUGUUCAUCUUAUAGAAUUUAAGGUGUUUUAUGAGAGGAAGUUUGUAAGAGUAUUUGCUCUUGUUUGGCUCUCUUUGCAGUUGAAACAGCCGGUGGGAAGUGCCUUCCCUGUGCAGUGGACAUUCGUGAUGAGGAUGCUGUAAAUAAGGCCGUUCAAGAUGCUGUGAAGAAGUUUGGUGGAAUUGACAUACUUGUCAACAAUGCAAGUGCUAUAAGCUUGACUGGUACUCUUGAUACACCCAUGAAAAGGUUUGCCUACUCUUUCUCUCUUAAUAAAAGUGAUCGGAAAAAAAAAAAGAAAUAAUGAUUAUAUCUUAGCAACAGAUGUGACUAAGCACCUACCACUGCAAAAACUGCUCUGGACUAGUUCAAGACUUGGUUUACACUGUUCUCUUAUCUUUGGUGUUUGUUCUUCUCUGAAAAGAGAGAGUGGGAAUUUGAGGAACAGGGAUUUUACUGGGUCAUUUCCUGAUUACUCUAGUAACUGAGUCUAAAGCAAAUGCUCAAACAAUCUUAGGGUCAUUAAAAUUGAAAAUUAAAGCUGAAAUCCAGAUAUGCUUGGAAUGGUAUCUACUUCAAAGCAAUAACAGGUCUCUGGUAUACUUUGUACUUUCUUGUCAGACCAACUGAAAAAUAAGUAACUCAGACCACCUUGAUUCCUGAUUUUCAAGACAUGUUUUGUUUAAUGGAAAGCACUCUCUGAUUAGCCAAUAAGACCAAUCAUUGUACUAAAACUUAGGGUUAUCUUGUAGAUAUGAUCUUAUGAACAGCAUCAAUGCAAGAGGAACAUUUCUAUGGUGAGUUCCCUUAACCCUUUAAGUCCCAAUAAUAUUGUGCCAAUAUUGUGACCAACAUUAAUUUUCUCCUAACAAUAUCCAUACAAUGUCAAGAGAUUAGGUUAUGAGAGUUAAUAAAAUGAUCAUCUAAGAGAAAAUGCUUUGAUCUUUUAUCAAAUUCUCAACACAUUCUUUAAGGAAAUAUAUAGAGAUCAAUUUAGAGAAUUUGUAUGUGGAUAUUGGGGCUUAAAAGGGUUAAUGCUAAAUUUUAAUUCAGGUUGUUAUGACGUCAACAAUCUAGAAGACCCAAAGAAUGCAGUCUUGCAAGUGUAGACAUCAAUUCAUAAUUUUGAUAUUCUUGUUUGGUUUUGCUUUAUCAGUUCCCAAGCCUGCCUUCCUUAUUUGAAGACUGCAAAGAAUCCACACAUCUUAAACAUAAGCCCACCAUUAAAUAUGAAACCCUAUUGGUUCAAGAGCCAUGUUGGUAUGUUUGUGUUAUUUGAUAAUUUAAAAAAAAAGAUAUCCAAAUAUUUAUUACUUAGUAAUAACUAAAGGCUAGAGAGUGCAGCUAGAAAGAUUGAAGGUUAAAAUACUCUUGCUUUAAUGCAGUGUGUAGUGUAAGUUUCACGAAAUAGAAGAUCUAAACGCAGGUGAUCAGACAUGUGGUCUUUUUACUCUAUUCGUUCUUGGUGGAAUUCCAAACGAGCGUUGGCUACAUAGUGCUAGUCAUGCAUAAUACAUUUAGCAACUCGGAAAUUGGGAUUGCAAGCUGCCUCUUGUUGCCCACAGUAGUGGUAUGAAGAACAUGAUAUUUGACAUUACUUCUUUGUUGUUCUUUUGUGGACCAUUCGCCAGUUUUCUUGAGAACAAUUAUUUUGCCAUAUUUCUGCAGAUAAACUGAGGCUGAGCGAUUAAUCCACUGGUUAGCUCUACAUGUAACUUAAUAUCACUCUUGAGUUUAAGGAAAUAAGUCUUAAAAUUUUUCAACCUAACACUACGACUGCUCAUCUUGUUUUUAGCUUACACAAUGGCAAAGUAUGGAAUGUCUAUGUGUGUCCUUGGUAUGGCUGAAGAAUUUAAGGAUGUUGGAAUUUCUGUCAAUGCUCUCUGGCCCAAAACAGGUCUUGAAAAUUGAGAUAGUAUUAUUUAAUUUUAAUCAUCAGUUUUUUUAUAAAAUGUAGUACUUAUCAUGUAAUAGCAGUAUGUAAAGCCUUUUAUAUAUACAUUUUUUGUCUACCUUGGUUUCCAAAGAAUUUAUCAGUCUCCAUUUUAAAGGGAACCUGUAAUUGGCCAUGCCUAAUCAGGCAACACAAUAGCCUCCCAUGUGGGUUGUCCCUGGCAACUGCAGCUGAAUUUUGCUACGCUAUACUAGAGUAAACUCCCCAAAUCCCCUCUAUCCUAGAGUAGCUGUUUUCCAGAAACUACUGAGGUCAAUGGCACAGUCUUGCCAAAACAAAACCUUAUACCACAAUCUGUAGUCUAGAUAAAAUCGUCAACCAACUGAUCAGUUUCCUGAAAAAUGAUACCCGUUUCUAGACCCAAACUCUCUGAUUUAUAUACCCUAUCCUAGAGUAAACUGCUUGAAAACCAUACCCUUCACAGCAGCACAUACCUAUAUAGCUUAUAUAUGGCAGUACCCCCCCCCCCUCCCUGGGCCUAUACCUCAGUGAGUUUAUCCAGUCAGAGUAUUGUUCCUGUGCCAUAUACUGUAUAUUGUAUUUUGUUACUGGUCGAAAUUAUUUCCAGGUUAACAUUUUUUAACCUAAGUUGAUUCUCAAUUUCCUUUGUCUCUUAACACUAAUUCAUGAAUAAUAAGAGCUAGGAGACAAAGGAAAUUGAGAAUCAACCUAGGUACUUUUAACCUGAAUUUAAUUUUGACCUGUAAAAUAUUCAUCAGCUAUUGCUACUGCUGCAAUGGAAAUGUUGGGUGGUAAAGAAGCAUUAGCACAGUGUCGCACAGAUCAGAUCAUGGCAGACGCUGCCUAUGUCAUCUUGACAAGAGAUAGCCGAGCAAGGACUGGGGAGUUUCUUAUUGAUGAGGAUGUACUUAAGGAUGUAGGAGUCACCGACUUUGAACAAUAUUCAUGUGUACCAGGUACAGACUUUAGAGAAAAUAAAUUACAUCAUGAGGAAAAAUCUUGCUAGCCUGCGAAUGGGAGACGUUUCUCCUCGCUCAUGGCCGCUGAAGGACGUUUCGCGAGGAGAAACGUCCCUCAGCGGCGAUGAGCGAGGAGAAACGUCUGCCGUUCGCAGGCUAAAAUCUUGCCCAAUUUUUGCAAGUUUGUCUUUGUAGUUUAUAUUACCGAUAUUACGGUACCUCUUAGUGUUUUUCUGUUGUACCAAGUUUCCGGCAAUUUUGAGGUAAAUCAUUUUGGUGCACUGUAAUAUUUAUGUUAUUCUUCAUGGUAACUUCCGGUUUGGACAUCUCCUGCUUUUUGCGAGUGUCACGCAACAUCACAAUGCUUUAGCUAUACUACACUGAAUGUCGGAAAAGGCUGUUCAACGUCACUACUGACGUUAAUUAUAAACACAUCAAAGAUAUUUUAUCAGGGAGCCCAAGUGUGGUUUUCAGUGGCCGAUGAACAAAAACAAUAUUACUUUCCACCAAAUCACCAGGCCCGCUGCUUACGUCGCUCAAGGUUUGUUGAGCAUCCGCUCCAAGAUUGCAGUUCAUCCUCUAUGCAACUUUCACUUUCAGCCUUUAGCUUUUAGCCUCCACGCAGACGUCCUCUUUGUCACGCGUUCCUACCCCACGUGGGGCAGGAAUGCGUUACAAAGCCCUAAGAACGUUUUCGUGGGAGGCUAUUGCAUUUUUUUCCAAGUGUACUAAAAGGUAUGCUGGCUGGUACUUGCUUUCAGUUUUAGGAUCUAUUUCCCGGCAACCAUUACCUCCUGAACAGCGGUUAGCAAGCAAGCCCUUUUUAACCUGUAGAACAGGCGUUUUUUAAGUUUUUCAGGCGAGCAAAGAAAACCGCGAGGUGGUCAACGCCUGAAAAACGCCGAAAAAAACCUUUUUCUGCAGGCUAAACUUCUUCCGGUUUCAAAGUUUCCGUUUUCUGUCACGCCACCCACAAGAGCGCGAGGUCGUCAUGUGAGUGACUUUGUUCCUUUUCCUCACAGGAAGUAAACUUUUGCCGGACUUCUUCUUGGACGUUGAAGGUUACGAUCCACAAGAAAUGUUGGAAUCUCAAAAAAAGAUGACGCAAAGCACUUCUCAGGGGAGCUCUGGCGAAGGAGUAGCGCAAAUAUUUGACAAGAUCAAGAGCUUAGGCGAUGAAGAACUUGUACGGUCGGUGAACGGGGUCUUUGAGUUUCAUUUGGAUGGUAAAGAGCCUGGAGUGUGGUUUGUAGACCUCAAAAAUAAUUCAGGUAAGGAUAGAUUGAAAGCUACAGUUUUGAGUUCUGCGUUAUUCGAGUUACAGCGGUCAAAGAAUAGUAAUGAUCCAAAGAAGACAGAUAUAAGGUCAGUCGAAUGGGCUAAGCUGAGGUUACGUAACUCGAUCCAAAGCACUUUUUUACGGAUAGACUUUAAGCAGUCCCGUUUUUAGUCUGCGUAGCAAGCGUUUCCUUGCGGUUUCGGAGCAAAGAACGAGGAACUAGAGUCAAAGACCGCGUGAAAAAUGGCGCGAGUCUUUCAUUUUUUCGCUCUCGUUCCAUUUUUGGCGCGGAAAAAACCGAAAAUCUCGUUCUUCGGUCUUUCUUUGCUCCGAUCCAAAACCAGGAAACACUCACUUGAUAUGCAGUCUAUCCCGUUUUAGUUCGAAGGACUUGACACAGCGAGCCGAGAAGGAUGCUGAAGAUAGGGAUGUUGCGGGUUUUUUAUACAGGGGUUUCUAAAUUGGGUACACGGUAUCUACAAGCCCUAACAGAAGCUUGUAUAUCUUGCUUCUGGCUCUGAUCAUUAGAGAGAUUUAGAAGAACGUUCACGCCGCUGAUGGGAUAUGUAAAUUUAACCACGUGACCUAACUCGUUUCUUGUUCUUUCCAUUUGCAGUAAUUUCAUGCCACUUUCAUUGAUUUGCAGAGUUUGUAUCUCCGCGUCUUCUUAUUUCCUAAGAUUGAAUCUGAAUCUCAAAAAUAAUUGUGCUGUUUGCUGCAAGCGUGAUUCCAAAUCUCUCCGUUAGCUUGAAUUUUCCAAAUGUCGGUUAUGAUUGCUUUUUAAGGUAGUGGCUGUACAUCCAAGCCAAAGUCCCUUUCUUCUUGGGCCUUCUUCAUCUCGUUGUGAUCCCGACAAUUUCUUCUUGUUUUGCGUUUUUCAGGAAACGUUGGGAGCGGUUCCUUUCCUGGAGGAGAUGCCAACUGCACCAUGAAUUUAGACUCGGAAGAUUUUGUGAAAAUGUUCAAAGGAGAACUCAACCCAACACAAGCGUUUAUGGGAGGAAAAUUAAAAAUCAAAGGAGAUAUGAUGCUAGCUAUGAAACUUGAAAAGCUCAUGGGCAAGAUGAAAUCCAAGCUUUAACAUUUCAAAGAUGGCAUACUUUAGCCUCGUUAUUACUGUAACGCAACACUUAGUUUUACUUAUAGAACGUACAUUCAACGCAGUCACAAAGUAGUGAGCCUGC